GAGGCAGCUUGUGUCAGGGCAACGUGGAACGCAGUGUAUGUGGCGGAUGUGCCCUGCCCAGGCUCGCUUGGUGUUUGCAGAGAAUGCGGGGAACAGCAGGCAUUAACGCUGGGACACAAUUGGGUAUUUUCCUUAUGUGCCAGCCUUACCUCCGCUGUGAGCCAUACAACUGCAACCAGUGUGCAGUGUUACUGCUGCCUGGCCUGCAGUGUCGCCAUCAGAUUCUGGACCCCCAGACAAUAACCCCAGUACUAAACGCAAGGCGGAAACGACAGACUCUGACAGCAGUGAAGAGCAGCACCAGGAAAAGAAUCCUGUCUUUGAAAGCCCACGUUGCCGAGCGUCGAGGGGAACGUGAGGAAUUGCAGGAUGCACAUACCAUAUGUGACCUUAGCCAAGAUUGCCAGCCAAUGCCACCUGACUUAUUACGCCUCUCAUAUUUUGCUGUGUUUGAUGGUCAUGGUGGAACACGGGCAUCACGAUUUGCUGCACAAAAUUUGCAUCAAAAUUUUGUGAAAAAAAUACCCAGAGGCGAGGGCAGCAGUGUGGAUAAAGCUAUGAAGCGGUGUAUCCUGGAUGCCUUUAAGCAAACAGAUGAAGAUUUCCUCAAACAAGCAGCCAGCCAGAAACCUGCAUGGAAAGAUGGGACGACAGCCAUCUGUGUGCUUGUUGCUGAUAACAUCUUGUAUAUUGCCAACCUAGGGGAUAGUAGGGCUUUGCUCUGCAGGAUUAAUAAGGAGAACCAGAAGCAUGUAGUGCUAAGUUUGAGUAGAGAGCACAAUCCUACUCAGUAUGAGGAGCGGAUGAGGAUUCAGAAAGCAGGGGGAAAUGUAAGAGAUGGGCGAGUGCUGGGGGUGCUGGAGGUAUCCCGCUCUAUAGGCGAUGGCCAGUACAAGCGCUAUGGUGUAAUCAGCACACCGGAAGUGAAGAGAUGUCCACUCACUGACAGUGACAGGUUUAUUUUGCUGGCUUGUGAUGGUCUCUUUAAGGCCUUUUCAGCAGAAGAGGCUGUAACCUUCAUCUUGACUCAUACACAGGAAAAGAGUUCUCCAGCUGAAGAUGGCCCCCCUGACUUUGAUUCUCUCUAUGAAUCUGCAUGUCAUCGACUCGCCAAUGAAGCCGUGCGUCGGGGGGCUGCUGAUAAUGUCACAGUACUGAUAGUACAAAUUCAGCACUGAUGCAAAGCUUGGGGCGGGCAGGGCCAGAGCAACCUUUCACUUACUCUUCAUCUUUUAUUUCUUUCGUUUCUGGAUUGUAAAUACAUAUGCCAUCCCACUGGCGAUUUCCAUUUUCGCCGGUGGGAUGGCAAUCCGGGGAGAUUAGUCACCCGCGAACAGGAAGAUUUGUCACGGUUGACUAAUCUCCCCGUGUGCCAGAGCCCUUAUUCAUUCAGGAUUCUGUAGAACUGAAUUUCCCCCCUGUUGCCACUAAGGAAAGAUAAAUUUUCUAAUGUGAAUCUCUUAUCAGAACUGUGGUAAAUGUCAGGUUGGAAUCGAUGCAACGCAGCUGAGUAACAUUCUGGUGGCUUCAAGCUUUCAUACUAAGUGCGCUUUUGUAAAUGAGAUUGUGUAUUUAUGUUCCACUAUAUUUUAGUAAACAGCCAUCUUGUAAA